AUGACAGCUGGUAUUAAUAGCGUAUGUGUUUACUGCGGUUCAAGUUUUGGCAACGAUUCUAAUUACUCGGAUCAGGCUAAAAAGCUGGGAAAGUUGUUUCAUAAGCUAGGUUGGAGACUUGUGUAUGGUGGGGGUAGUACUGGACUGAUGGGAACAAUUGCUAGUUCCGCUAUGGGACCCGAUUGCGAUGGGAAAGUGCUUGGAAUUAUACCUAAUGCAUUGGUGUCUAAGGAGAGAGACUCAGGUGAUGAUGAUGAUGUCAACGCUAAGUUGAAGGAGUCUGUGGAUAAUCAUAGAGGAGCUACUCCGAUCUCUUCCAAGUAUGGUGAGACUUGUGUUGUUCCUGAUAUGCAUACAAGGAAGCGUAAGAUGGCUGAAGAAAGCGAUGCGUACGUGGCGAUGCCUGGAGGUUAUGGUACUUUGGAAGAGAUUAUGGAAUGUAUCACUUGGUCUCAGUUAGGUAUCCAUGGUAAGCCAAUUGUGCUGUUCAACAUCGAUGGGUUUUACGACAGUCUGUUAAACUUCAUCAAGCAUGCCAUUGAUGAAGGCUUCAUAAGUAAGAAAAACGGAUUGAUUAUCCAAGUGGCUACUACUCCUGAAGAAGUUGUUGAAAAGAUUGCUCACUAUGUGGUUCCCGACGGGAGAUUUAACUUGGCUUGGGAUGACGAGGGAAAGCAACAAAAGUGA